AUGCAGAAGCCAAUGAGAGGAAAUCAAAGGCUGCCAAGCACAAGAGAAGGUCGGUAUCGAAAGAGGACUAAAAAGUCUCACAAGAAAAGAAGAAAGCACGGCCGCCACCAUUCUUCCGACUCUGGCGACCACGAGAAGAGGAAGGAUAAGAAGUAUAGGCGAAAGCCGAAGAGAAGAUCGGUAUCUGAUUCUGAUGAAGACAGCUUUUACGAGUACGAGAGUGAUUCGGAAGAGGAGAAGAGAAGGAAGCACUUACAUAGGAAACGGAGGCGUGGUUAUUCGGUGUCUGAUUCCGGUUCUUCAAGUGAUGAGAGUAGUGACGACGAUGAUGCUGUCAGAAGAAAGAGGAACCGUGCGAAGCACCACAAGCGUCAUAGAGCAAAACAUUCUAGUCACUCGGAUGAAUUUUCCGGUGAUGAAAGAAAGAAGCAUCGUGUGAAGCACCACCGUAAACACCAUAGGAGAUCACGAAGUCACGAUGAGACUUCAGACUCCGAUGAAAACAGGCAUGGUAGGAGGAGGAGAUGUAUAGGGAAGUCGUCGGAUGAUAAUGAUGAACCCAGUGGAAUAGAUAACGGAAAAGAGAAUCACCGCCGCGACCACCACCACCACCACCACCACGACCGCGGGUCUAAUCUGGAUGAAGAACAUUUUGAGAAUGGUUCUGGAGAACCAAAUUUGGAUGGCCAUGCUAAUACGCCCGGCCGUGAUGUUUAA